GUUCGUUUUUCUUUUUUAACCGCCAUCGUUUUCGCCUAAUGUUAUUUAAAAUUGAAUUGAGAUAUUCUGAAUAUCAAUUGGUAUUGGUUCAACAAAUAUGUUUUGAAGAUAAAGAUCCAACUUUUGAUAAUGGAUAGACGCAUUAGCAUUUGUCAAAGAUGGACCCAUUAUCGAUCUGAAAUGGAUUAUUAAAUAAUUUUAGAGAUUAGUCACAGGUUCGACUCAGGAAUUGAUGAUGUGCCGAUGAAUAAAAAAAAUGCAUCAUUGGUGGCAUAUGACGAUGUUAGUUCUGAUGAUGAUAGGCAAUCCCAAAAGAAAAAAGAUUUGGCAACAGAUAAAGAAGUACAGUUAUCACCUAUCUCACAUUGCUCGUCAGUUUCCAAUGAAAAGAUUGAUUCAAAAUCAGCAAAAAAAUGCCACAAACACAAAAAAAAGAAAAAAAGGCACAGGGAUGAAGAGGAAUAUUUAACAAAAGAAUCUAAAAAAUCUAAGCCAAAUACAGAUGAAACUCAUAGGUCCAAUAAUUUUUCUUACCAAAAUUCUGAACAAGAAUCAGAUAAUAUCAUUCAUAAUAAAUCAACUGAAUUUGAGAGAACCCCAAGCCCAUAUUUUUCCAAAGGCAAUAUUCUAAAGAAGGAGAAAGUAUAUCAACCAAAUUUUAAACAUGAUGAUUCAGCCAGAUAUCCUAAGACACACAACUCUUUAACUGAAACUAAGGAGAAAAGAUACAAAUCUUCAUAUCAUGAAAAAAAUAUUAAAAAUAAACAUGAAAAAUAUUCAAAGCAUAAAUCAUAUAUUUCAUCACCAAUUAAAUCACCAUCUCAUUCACAUGAUGAUCAAAAUAUGAAUAUCCAAACAAAUGUUGCAUCUCCUAUUAACUCUGAACAUUAUUCUCAUAGAAGUGAACCAUUUGAUCCUCCUAAAAAAUCAGCAACCAAAAGCUUAGUUGAUGAAAAUUUUAGAAGUCCGAAUUAUAAUAAGCACAAAAAGAAAAAUCAUAAAAACAAAGAUUCAUUAACACGUACUUCCCAUGAAGAUGACAAGUUUGAUAAACAAAAAAGUAAAAUUUCUUCACAUUCCACUAAAAAGAAUAAGGAUAAUAAAAAGCGGGAUAAAAAAUUGGAUCCCUCUCAAUCUCAGUCUUACAGACAAUCUGAUGAAACCCUAUACUCUGAAAGUUAUACGGCUAAUAAAAAUGAUGCAAUAAUGGAGGAGAGUGAAACAGAGGCAAUGGACAAAAAAUACAGAAGUAAAAAUAAAUCUAAAAAGGGGAAAUCAAAUAAAAAACAUCGCCAUUCAUCUAGAAGAAAUCACUUUUCUUCUUCACAUAGGAGUCACUAUAUGCAUGUGCGUACUCAGUUUAGUGAUAGUUUAGCAGCUGAGAUAAGAAAGGAUAGGGAGGCUCUGAAAGCUCUAACUACACUCUCGAAAGAACCAUCAAAGGAGGGUGAAAUUGAAACAAAAGAAAUGGACAAUGAAAGGAAUAUUGGAAUGAAAGAUGUUAUAAAUGUGGAAAAGUUUAAAGAAACAUUACCUGAUGUUAAUAAAAAUGAUAAUGUUGAGCUAGGCACUCAAAAUGAAAAUAUUAAGAAAAAGCAUAUCAAUCCAGAUAAUAUUCACAAUAAACUCGAAAUUGGACCCAAUGGUCACCCUAUAGUCAAUGUAUCCAUUCCCUUACACCAUGACCUUAAAAUAAAGAAUGCUAGUAUUACUCAAUUUAAUUCAAGUACAGAAGAAGUAUCAACUAUGCAACAGGAUAUUGUAAAAGAUGAUCACAUGACAAAAUUAGUUAAAACUAUUGAAACAGACAAGAAAUGUGAAUCACCCCUUACCGUGGUUAAUAAAAUUACAGAUCUGCCUCUUCCACCCAUGGAUUUCGAAAAUGAAGAUACCAUAGUUGAGGUUGAAAAGAAAAGCUUUCAGAUAUCCAAAGUGCAUGAGCAGUCAUCCUAUCAUUCUUUUUAUAAAGGGAAGUUUAGAAAAUCUAGCCAUGAAUCUUUUGAUAUUGACAAUAGGGACAUGAGGAAACGGAUAAAGAUACUUGAAAAGAAUAAUAUUCAAACACACACUUGGGGCAAUAAAUAUAUAGAUAUGUAUGAUAUAAUGACACAGAUUGGUGAAGGAACCUAUGGACAGGUGUAUAAAGCUAAGGAUACCUUAAAUGGUGACAUAGUAGCCCUCAAGAAAGUGAGACUUGAAAACGAGAAAGAAGGCUUUCCCAUCACUGCAGUCAGGGAAAUAAAAAUUCUUUGUCAAUUACAACACCCAAACAUUGUGUGUUUAAAAGAUAUUGUGACUGACAAGCAAGAUGCCCUGGAAUUCAAGAAGGAUAAAGGGAAAGGAUCAUUCUACCUGGUAUUUGAAUACAUGGAUCACGACCUUAUGGGGAUCCUAGAUUCUGGUCUGGUCACACUCAAAGAAGAACACAUCGCCUGUUACAUCAAACAAUUGCUGGAUGGACUUUAUUUUUGUCAUUCUAGAAAUUUCCUUCAUAGAGAUAUAAAGGGCUCCAACAUUUUGCUCAAUAACAAGGGACAAAUUAAGCUAGCAGAUUUUGGACUAGCUCGACUAUUCAAUGCUGACGAUAAAGAACGCCCAUACACCAACAAAGUCAUAACCUUAUGGUACAGGCCUCCGGAAUUAUUGCUGGGUGAAGAGAGGUAUGGGCCAGCUAUCGAUAUUUGGAGUUUGGGUUGUAUCCUGGGAGAAAUGUUUACGAAAAAACCGCUAUUCCAGGCCGGGGUAGAAUUGGCCCAACUCGAAACGAUAAGCAAAUUAUGUGGCUCUCCCUCACCUUCUGUAUGGCCCAACGUCGUCAAUCUCCCCUUCUACCACACCAUGAAACUCAAAAAGCCAUACAGGAGAAAACUUAGAGAAGAAUUUUCUUUUGCUCCAGAGAUGGCCAUAGACCUGCUGGAUAGAAUGCUAGAACUCGACCCUUCUAAAAGGAUCACUUCCUUAAACGCCCUGAACCACCCUUGGCUCAUUAACGUUGACUUAAAAAAUGCUCAACCUCCCGAAUUACCGAUAUACCAAGAUUGUCACGAGAUGUGGAGUAAAGCCAGGCGCAAGGCCCUUAAAAGAGGGGAUACACUACCACUAUCCUCGAUAAGCAAUGUUAUUCCCAAAAGUACCACUUCUAUAUCAGUCGCCACAAAUUUAAGCUCGAUCAAUUAUGUAUCAAAUAAUUUAAAUAAUGCAAAGAAAAUUUCGUCUGAUCAAAAGCUAGUGCAAUUAGGCUCUUUGCCUCGAACUAAAUCCGUCAUUCUUCCUUCUAACGACCUUCUCCCUAUACCCAAUUACCAAGCUCAAGUUGCACCAAAAUCGGUCACCAAAAAUAAGCAAGAAAGAGAGGAAUGUAUGAAAAAUAUAUCCCUGGCUUCUUUUCAAAAACCGGGUGGUAGCUUUACCUAUGACCCCGACCCGCUCAAGCGUUUAGCUAGGAAUGAUUCAUUGAGCGAUUCCUAUGGCUCCUCUUCGUCAUCAUCCAUCUCCAAAAUCGAUGCCAAAGUCGAGCUCCAAAAACCAGUUGUUUCGGCACAUAAUUCUUCGAUUUCGAAAACAGGCUCCUCGUUCACAGACAAUAACAAUGUGAAGACCAAUUCGGCCCAACAACUAGCCUUCCUAGCCGACCUGCUGAACGAACGCAAAGUUGUCAACUUAGCUCAACUCGCAAGUUUGGUCAACGUGGAUUUGGACCCAGCCACAGCUAAACAACUAGCUCAUGUUGAUGGUAAGGUCUUAUUAGCUGCUGCCCUAGCGCAGGCUGGCAAAGCUCCACAUUCGCAACCUACAGCCCAACACCCUCAACCCCCACCACCAUUGCCUCCCCCACCAAUCCCUCCUACUCUUCCACCUCCACCAAUUCCACCUCCGUUCAUUAUGGCGAAUCCUCAUAGUUCUCUCAUUCCUUCCCCAUACAACCAUCACCCGCCUCAUCCUCCCUCAGUGGGCCACUAUUUCCCACAGGUUCCCAUGCCAUUUCCUCCACCCCCUGGGGUUCCUUACACACGGCAUUGAAUUUUAUUUAUACUUAUUAUGCAUAUAAAAAAAUCUCAAAUUUAUGCUGUAACAUGCAAGAACGUGAUAUUAUUGGUGCCCUCCUGAACCGCCUCGCAUUUUUGUGUUAUAAACUGAGGUCACCCUAGAAAAUUGUAUCUUCUCUUAAAAGUUCUUACAACACAUACACAUACAGGACACAGGCACGAUUAUAGUAAUGAUGUUUUAAAAGAAUAACUUUAUAAGUUAUUUAUAUUUAAAAAUAUGCAUCAUAUUACUCAAACGUAAAAUAGUUAUAUAUGUUUCAUUCGUUUUCCAUUUAUUAUUUUAUAUAUGGAAUUAAAUUAUUUUUUUACCCACUCUCCUCCCCACUAUAUUUCAUCCCAUAAAUAUUGACCUUAGAUAAAGUUACGUGGUAACAAAACCAAAAUUAUUUAAUACAUAUCAAUGACAUGUUAUUUAUAAAAUAUACGGUGAUCUUUUUUUCGCAAAAAUUUUAUAUUAUUUCGUGUUUCUUCUUAUGAGUGUGUUAUAUACGAUUUCAGUUGUGCGAAUGAUUAUAAAAUAAAAAUAA